CGGGUUGCCCUGGAACCCGCAAGACGCCGCAGACCCUCCGCAGUGGACAGCGUCGGCGGGGAACCUCGGUCGCCAUGUCUGUGCUGGACGUGUUGUGGGAGGACCGCGACGUGCGCUUCGACGUGUCCUCGCAACAGAUGAAAACAAGACCUGGAGAAGUCCUUAUUGACUGUUUAGAUUCGAUUGAAGAUACAAAAGGAAAUAAUGGGGAUAGAGGUAGACUCUUAGUAACAAACUUAAGAAUCAUCUGGCAUUCCUUGGCAUUACCCAGAGUCAAUCUUUCUAUUGGUUACAACUGCAUAUUGAAUAUUACAACAAGAACUACUAACUCCAAACUACGAGGCCAAACUGAAGCUCUUUAUAUGCUGACAAAAUGUAACGCCACCCGAUUUGAGUUUAUUUUCACAAAUCUGGUUCCUGGAAGCCCUAGACUUUUUACUUCUGUGAUCGCUGUGCACAGAGCAUAUGAGACAUCUAAAAUGUACCGUGACUUUAAACUGAGAAGUGCGGUCAUUCAAAACAAGCAGCUGAGGUUGUUACCACAAGAGCACGUGUACGAUAAGAUCAACGGUGUUUGGAAUUUAUCCAGCGACCAGGGAAAUUUAGGAACAUUUUUUAUUACCAAUGUGAGGAUUGUGUGGCAUGCAAACAUGAACGACAGUUUUAAUGUCAGCAUACCAUAUCUGCAAAUUCGUUCAAUAAAGAUUAGAGAUUCAAAAUUUGGUUUGGCUCUUGUCAUAGAAAGCUCUCAGCAGAGUGGAGGAUAUGUUCUUGGCUUUAAAAUAGACCCUCUGGAAAAACUACAUGAAUCAGUUAAGGAGAUCAACUCACUUCACAAAGUCUAUUCUGCCAGCCCGAUAUUUGGAGUGAAUUAUGAAAUGGAAGAAAAGCCACAGCCACUUGAAGCUCUGACAGUUGAACAGAUUCCAGAUGAUGUGGAAAUAGACUCUGAUGAUCACACGGAUGCUUUUGUGGCUUAUUUUGCUGAUGGAAAUAAGCAACAAGACCGUGAACCUGUAUUUUCAGAAGAACUGGGGCUUGCAAUAGAGAAACUGAAGGAUGGAUUCACACUGCAGGGACUUUGGGAAGUAAUGAGUUGAGCUUGAGUUGAACUGGAUUUCUAUUUAAAUAUGUCUCAAGAUUAAAAGAUACCACUUUCCUGCUCUAGGCAUGGAAUAGUUUUUAUAUUUAUAGCUUUUAUAUUUUAUAUUUUAUGAAAAGUUUUUAAUAAUUAAGGAAAAACUCCUGGAUUUUAGAAAACUGCCAGUUUUCUAAAAGAUAUAUUCAAAAUUGUAAUUGAAAUGUACCUGGAUUGUAAAUGUUUAUAUUGUACCUAAUGCUUGUAAAAUAGCAAUUUACACAUAUUAAGUGACUAUGUCAUGUUAGAUUUAAUAAAGUUUUUUAUUUAGUACCACUUAA